AUGAGGGUCUCCGGCAUCCAGCGCCUGCGUGUGCUGCGCAGGGCCUGCUUUGGGUCGCGGCCGGCAUGGCCCGGACAUCCACAGCUCGGCCAGUUUGGCCUUAGGCCCUGGAGCUCCUGGAGCUCCUGGAGCUCCGAAGCAGCGCCGCCCGCACCGGCUUCGCCUUCGCUGAAACGCGGUCGAGGAGUGGCGCGCUCGAAGCGCUCUCCGAGGCCCGCACCCCUCAAUCCUCUGAACGCCGUGUUCAAGGUUCUCUCCACCCAUUGCGAGCCUUACUACACAAUGCCGUGGUCUACGUCACCGCAGACCACUGCAGCUGCAUCAGCCCUGGCUCUCGAAGUGGAUGGGGUGCGCUAUCUGGUCACCAAUGCCCAUGCGGUGCACCACGCCUCGCUACUGGAGCUCCAGAAGCCCUCGGACGACCUCAAGUGCCUGGCACGAGUGCUUUGUCAAGGCCCAGACUGUGAUCUGGCACUUCUGGAGCUGGUGGAGGAGGAGCCCAGCUUUUGGGAGAACGUGGAGCCCCUGAGCCUCAGUGAAGACCUCUGCCAUCUUAACGACCGGGUCCGCGUCUGUGGCUUUCCUGUAGGUGGGGAGAACAUCAGCAUCACAGAGGGCAUUGUCUCAAGGGUGGAGAUGCAGCCUUACCGUCAUGGCUUGGGCAGUCUGCUGGCCAUCCAGAUUGAUGCCGCAAUAAACCCUGGAAACAGCGGCGGGCCCGCUCUCGAUGCCCAGGGCCGCUGCGUCGGGGUGGCUUUCCAAAGCCUGCAGGAUGCCGACAACAUAGGAUAUUUAAUCCCGGCAGAAGUACUCCGCCACUUCCUGUCUGGCUAUCGCCGCUGCGGAGGGUAUGCGGGCUUCGGGCACCACGGCUUUGCAUGGCAGCCCUUGGACAAUCGUGCCCUCCGCGAGGCAGUGUUGCGGGAGAGCGGUGCCAGCGGGGCCAUUCCAGGGGGUGUCUUGGUGAAGCGCAUCGAGCCGACGUCACCAGCCAGCGAGCUCCUGCGAGAGCGCGACGUGCUGCUGUCCAUUGCAGGAAGGGCGAUCAGCUCAGGUGGCACCGUGCAUUUCCGGGGUGGAGAGCGUAUCGCUUUCCCAUACAUCACCAGCCAGAGAUGCCCACACGACACAGUCGAGUGUGAGGUGCUCAGAGACAGCAAGGUGCACCAUUGGCGCUUGAAGCUUGGAUGGCCGAGUCCGCUUGUUCCCAUGCAUCCACUUCAACCGCCAGCUUACUUGAUUUUUGGUGGCCUGGUCUUCGUGCCGCUUUCGGAGCCCUACCUUCGCUCGGAGUGGGGGGAGCUCUUCGAAGAGCGUGCGCCAGUCUGCUUGGCAGAGCCCUGGCUGCGCAACAUCCGGCGCUUCCACGAUGAGGAGGUGGUGGUGCUCUCCUGUGUCUUUGCCUCGGCCCUCACAGCUGGCUUAACACACUUCGUGAACCGACGCUUGCACAGCUGCAACGGGGAGCAGGUACGCAACUUGCUUCACCUGGCAAAUCUGCUCGAUGCAGCAACAACCUCAACAGUUUGGUUCGCUUUGGAUGAUGACGAUGUGAUCGCCCUGCCUACGGAAACGGCCCGAGCUAGCACGAGGUUGGUUCUGGAGACAAACCUCAUCCCUGCUGCACGCAGCUUGCCGGCCAUGCCAUAG